AAUGUAAUUAUUACUGUACGCCUUAUUUCAUAAUUCCAAAACAAAACAAAUAUCUAAUAGUUAAUACCUAUAUCACAAUAUUACCUGUUGGAUCAUAUUUACUAUUAUUUUGUGCAUGAUGUUUAAAAAAUGUGUUAAUAUUUUUUUAAUUGUUUAAAUAAGCAAAUAUAGCGUUAAUAAAUUAUUUUUUUUUAUAAUAUGCAUAUCUUACUAAAAUUCAUUUUGAUAGCGUUUUGUCUAGCUUCAUUAUGUGGAAGUUACGAACUUAACAAGGCAAAUACAAAAUGUAAUAUUCCAUUGGUAAUUCGUGGGCAAUGGUAUUCUUGGGAAAAUGGACGCAGUACAACAACAGAAAUUGAUGCGACAAGUAUGUCAAAACGUGGAACUUGCAUUCGAUCAAUGGAAGAAAAUCAGGUGAAUUUCACUUUUGUAUUUCAAAAGAGCGCUGGUGAUUGUUAUACUUGUGUGAAAUUCAUGGUUCGGACUGUUAAUGUAUUGGAUAAAAUGGAAAGUGUUUGUAUGACUUUAAAUCCUAAUGAAUAUGAAUCUCCUGAUAAAAUAUGUCAAUUCCAAGAUACACAACUAAACACAUUGUUUUCGGAAAAUUACAUACCUGUAAACUGUCGGUCUAGUCUCGAAGGCGUCUGGCAAUUUGCAUACCAGAACCGUUUUCGUUUCACUGGUGAAUGUAAUAAUCCUGAAGCACAAAUUAAAUCUUGUCAAACUGCAGGAACACAAUUUUUAAUAACUAAUCAAAAAUUUAAUAUAACAUAUAAAAAAUGUCCUGGUAUGACAGGCACAUUUGAUGGAGUUGUUGAGUACAGUUGUUUAGGAGAUUGGUUUGUGGACAAAAAUCAUUUCUUUGCUGUAGCUAAUACUAAAGAAUCUCGAAAAGAUGAAAAAUAUCGAUGUUUCUUAAAAAAUCGGGAUGAUGAUUUGUAUAUUGGUGUGUCUAUUACAGCAGAAUGUAAUACACUUCAGACAGUAGAAAAAAGUCCAGAGAGAUUACAUAUAAAUCCUGUGAAAGCUGAAGUAGUAGAGGCAGGUUGUCGACUACCCCAAAAUUAUAGUGGGGAAUGGGUGAACACCGCCAAUAUGGAUGCUGAUGUAUUUAUUAAUGAAACUCAUGUAAUUGAAACAUGGUAUCCAGAUGAAGCACGAUUUAGAAGAACAAUAUAUGUAUGCCGUGAACAAAGAGGAUCUCGUUAUAUGAUGGCACGGCUCACUGUUGAUGGAUGUCAAAAGGAUUAUGUAUGUUUCGAUUUUGUACCACGACAUCAUAAUAUUAUUCGUUAUAGAAGAGGUAUAGCAUUUAUUAGAGAUAACUUUCAUACUGUAUGCUCUUGGGUACAGUUUCCAAACAAAGAUAAUUGGAAAUAUGAUAUUUUUGUCUCCAAAACUCCUGUUCCUAUAAGAUGUCCAGUGGCAGGGAAAUUCAACUUCACUCAAAAAGGCGAUUUUCUGUUUGAAACUCGUAUUCUUGGUGGUGUUACUUUAUCACCUCGUCCACAAAUUACAUGCAAGGACAGAAUAUCUGAUUUUGCUGCCUGUGAUGGUGAUCAAAAAGAGAUUACUAUUGAUGAAUCAUUUUGUCUUGAUGUAGAUCAUCGUGGACAGCCUGUAGAUAUUUAUAGUGAUCCAGAUUACAGAUUACAAUGCAUAGGUUACUGGAAAGAAAAUUUGAAGUCUUAUUUAAUGACGUAUGAUCCUCUUGAUGCAGCUAGCAUGUACAGAUGUUGGGUGUAUCAACGAGCUGAUCUUAACCGUGUAUUAAUGUCACAAGCUAUAGGUUCAUUUUGUGAUCUUAAACAAGAUGCAUUUAGUAAUAAUUAUACAGAAGGAGCCACUGUUGCUAUUGAAAUGACAGAAUAUGAACGUGAAAGAGAUCAAUGUCCAAUGUAUUUUGAUGAUGGCGCUAAUCCAUGGGUUCACGCAGACAAUUAUAUACAAGUAUUCAAGUAUGGUCGAUCAUCUACAUUAAUUAUUUCAUCAAGUAUGCUAUCAGUUGCUGUUCUCUUUACUAUUUUGUUGUAAAUUUUAAUUGGUACGCCUUACCGAGUUAAUUUACACUUCUAGUAGCUUUAUCAGUGAAUCACACAAUUAAGAUAUUGUUAUUUAUCUAUUAUACAUGUAAAUACCCAUAAUAUUAUUUUAAUUAUCUUGACCUGGUUAUAAUGAUUGUCUAUACAUAUCAUUUUUUUCUUGACUACCAAAAUAUUUUUAUUUUAAAUCUUGGAUUUUUAUUACCAUGCUCUGCAAUUUAUUUUGUUUUGGAAAAUAAUUUCUCAUGUAGUUUGAUAAUAAUAUUUUGUCAUUAUAUAAACAAUUUUUUUAAUUUUUAAAUCUUUUUUUUUAUUAAAAUUCUGUUUAGUAAAUUCCAAAAGUUAAAUAAUUUAAUAAUCCUAUUACUAGUGUACGCGAGUGAACAAUUUUAAAGUUUGUUUAAUCACAAUAUUAAAUAUGGGUAUUACUUAUAUUAUUAAUUAUUAUUGAUAUGUUAGUAAGUAGCUUUGAGAACAAUAGAGAUAAAUUAUAAAUAAUGCAAACUUGUCUUGCACUAGUCAAGUUAAUUUUUGACUUAUAUUAUCCAUAUUUUAUUAAGUUUACAUAAAUAAUUUUUUUUAGUAAUCUCAUAUUAUAGUUUUUUUUUUUUAAACAUUUUAUUUAAUAAUUGAAAUAUGCAAGUUCAUAUAAUAGUUAUUAGUUUUAAUACAUUUAAUGAUAAAGAACAAAAUGUAAUAAACGAAAACUGACUGUUCAUUAUGUGAUUAUUGUUAUUCUGAUCUUAAAAAUUGUAAAAAAAUAUAGAUUUAUAUGUAUAAUUAUAAAGAAUUAGGUAUCACCUUUAUUGAUUUUGUGUUGAUAAAAAUAAUUUUAUAUUAUAUUUUUAUGUGUAGUAAUUAAUAUUAAUUUACCUAUAUUUAAUGUUUAACAAUUUAUUAUAAGUAAUUUAAAUGUGAUUAAUGCAAAAUGAUCCGUCCAAUUUCGUGUUCACCAAAUUGUAUAAAUAACAAAUUAUGUUUAAUACAUUUAUUUUUGUAUACAACUUUAUAAUAUGUUUUUUACAUUUUAAAAUUAUUCACUUUUAACUAUUAUGAAAAUAUUUAGUGAUCCCAUGAAUUUAAGAAAUAGUAAGUAAAAAAAUGUGUUACUUUUUAUAAUAUGUACCACUUAUGGGAACUAUAUUUUGAUUUUAUACAAGAUUUUUAUGUAAUUUUUUUUAAUUAAAAACAGUUAUAAUUGAUUUUUUUAUUAUUACUAAUAAAAUAAUAUUUAUAAUUUUA